AUGACCCUGGUGCAGUGCGAUAUAAACCUGAACUGCCUAAGCCUAGGCCUGGGAGCCUCCUGGGCUUCCCCCGUGUUAGUAAAGUUGGCGAAUUCUUCGGAAACAGUACUCCUUCACCCUUUAACACCUGAUGAUGCUUCCUGGAUUGGUUCUAUCGGCUUGCUCACGGCGGCGGUUGGUUUUAUAGUUGCUUACACCCUCAUAGACUACAUUGGUCGAAAGCACUGCGCCAUCUUGUCGGCCAUUUUUAGCACAGUGUCAGCCAUCUUGUGCCUCUUUGCUAAUGAGGUGUGGAUGAUCAUGCUAGGUCGAGCCAUUAACGGAUUGUUUGAGGGGAUCAUUCUGGGAGUCGUGCCGGUUUAUGCCUCGGAGAUAGCUAGCAAGGAAGUCCGGGGUGCCCUUGGAGUGAUGCUACAGAUAUUUUCCUCUUUGGGGGCCGUGAUCAUGCUCGGCGUUGGACCGUUCAUAUCCUACUUCAGCCUGAAUCUCAUGGUCACCGUGUUUGUUAUAUUGACCAGCAUACCUACUAUAUUUUUGCCGGACAGUCCGAGUUUCUUGUUUUCUAAAGGUAAACUCGAAGAAUCCAAAAAAGUCCUCAUCUUCCUUCGAUGUUCAGAACAUCAAGCCAACGAAGAACUAAAGGCGUACUCAGCAAACAAAACUGACAAAAAAUUAAGCCCCCUGACCGCUUUCUUGGACAAAAUGUUCCUAAAAAGUCUUAUAAAGCCUUGUUGUACAAGUAUAUUAGUAUUCCUAAUUGGAUAUAACUGUGUGGCGACGUAUCUGCAGACGAUUUUAGACAUUACGCGAACGAGCGUAAGGUCGGAAGUGGCGUCUGGUAUAAUUGGUGCUAUACAACUUGUGGCCAGUUUUUCGACUAUGUUGCUUACAGAUAGGUUUGGAAGGAAACCCAUUUUGGUGACGACUUUGCUUGGUUUUACUGUUGGUAUGGUUGGACUUGGAACAUUUUUCAAGCUGACAGAGACGGACACAAAAGUAUCCGGGUUCUUGAACUUUUUACCGCUAAUAUCUUUGAUAAUCGUCGUAUAUUGCUACAGUGCAGGCCCGUCGUCCCUUUUCUGGCUGCUUAUAGCGGAACUCUUCGACGACCGUUCCCGAGGCAUCGGAUCCACCACUGCCCUCUUCAUAGGCGCCGUACCCGGCUUCCUAACAAUCCGAUACUUUUCUUCCUUGGUCGACUCCAUUGGCGCGGCGCCGACAUUUUGGAUUUCUGGAAUGAUCUCUGUAAUACUAGCUGGGUUUAUAGCAUUCGGAGUGCCGGAGACUAGUGGGAAGAAUUUUGCGGAGAUUCAGUAUGAGUUGAGGAAUACAGUUAAAAAAACAUAG